AUGUGCUUGCUCUUCGUCUUCAGCAAAGACCAGUUCCCAGCGGGGUUCGCCCCCAGAGUGUUUCAGAACGACGUGGCCCAUAUCGAGGUGGACGGGACGCGGGUAGAGCUGACCGUGUGGGACACAGCCCGGCAGGAGGAUGAUGAUGGCCUGAGGCCCCUCUUUGACCCAGACACGGGUGCUUACUGGUGUGUUUCUUCGCUGACAACCCUGAGAGCUGAGAACACAUCCCGGAGCCACGGAGUCCAGACGUCAAGCAACUCUGUCCCAGCGUGCUCAUCAUCCUGGUUGGGAACAAGCAGGAUCUUCGGAAUGAUGUGCACGCAAGGUGGGAGCUAGCCGAGAGGAAGCGGAACGGGUGGGCCCGGGGAGGGCACAGAGAUGGCCAGCGGGCCUGGGCUUCGGGGUACGCGCAGUGUUCAGCAGAGGCCGAAGACGGAGAGAGAAGUUUCUGAAGCGGCUGUGAACGCUGCUCUGCAAGCCAGACGUGGGAAAAAGUUCUGGGUGCCUCGUCUUGUAAAACCUUGCUGCAGGCACAGCGCUUAGAACGUCAAUUUUGAACUGCUGUGGAUCCAUCUUAGUGGAUGGAUACUGGCCUUUUAUUUACAAUUUACCGAGGAUUACAAAUUUCAGACACGUCAUCUUCUUACAAGUAUUUAGAAACCUGCCCUGAUUCUUAACGAUGUCAAACCCUUCAUGCCUACAAGGGUCCUUUUGCCACCGCUCUAACAACCCUCCUCUACCCUCCGGUCUGACACACCAGGGGAAAUUCAAGGAACUUUGUGACUUCUUGCUUCUGUCUAGAAACAGUUAGAACUUUGCGAAUUAGACUGCAACUGCUUUAUAACUAAC